AGGACUUUUAUUUUGAAAUAUAAAUCUCGGGGAACGUGUGGACCGCUACUUCCGCUAAGCUUGUCAGUGUCUGAAACUGAUGAACUGAGGCAGUUUGUUCACGCUUUUAGGAUCCACAGAGAGUCUCCUCCGUCAAAAGAAAACCACAACAUUACCAGCAGCCAUGGAUUCACAAGUCUCUGAAGUUCUCAUGUUCGGUUUGUGAUGACAAACUUCGAUCUGAACUGCCCCACAGCAACGACGCAGCCAGUCGUGUGUGAGUUCUGUGGAACGUACUUCGAGACACGACGAGGGCUCUCUAGCCACGCCCGCCUCCAUCUACGGCAGCUAGGUGUGAUGUUGUCAGACAGCAGCGGAGCUCCCAUUGAACUUCUCUACCAGUUCAUGCAGGAAAGAGGUGAAUUGAAAGCAGACUCUUCUGAACCCGGGCCCACCCCGCUCAAAAAAACAUCCCAGCAGGAGUCCAGAACCCCUUCGGCAGCAGAGGACAGGAGCGACUCGGGGACCAGAGUCAUGACAACCCCGCAAAAGGUGGAUCAUCCAGGAUCUCCGGCCAGACUGAAAGAGUCUCCAAGCUCUCUCCUCCCCUCGUCCCCCUCUGGUGUCAGGCUGCUGGAGUCGAGAGCAAGUGAAGGCAGCAGCUCGUCCAACCAAACCCCAACCAAGCCAAUGUGGGCGCCGCUGGAGACUGACGCCCCCAUCAGCUUAGCUUCAGACACAAAGAACGAGGUCCAUGUGUGCCAGCUCUGUGGCUGCUGGUAUGGGACACGCAAAGGCCUGUCUGGUCACGCUCGGGCCCACCUGCGCCAGAUUGGAAUCCCCGACAGCGACAUCAAGGGCAGCCCUAUCGACCUGCUGUACCAGAUCAUGGAGGAGGAGGACCUCAAGCCAAUCAGCAGCCAGAAACAGCAGAAGCAAACCUCAAACAGCCCGUCUACAUCCUCCUCCAAACGACCCCCCAGCGUGCCCUCUCCACCCGGGUCUCCGCCCGGCAAACGACCCAGAUCAUCAGAGGGCUUCACCUGUAUUCUGUGCAGGGCGGUGUUUGAGAACCAUAAAGGCCUGGCUGUCCACGCACGCGCUCAUCUGCGUCAGAUCGGCGUGGUCGACCUCCUGGGGAAAAGCUCUGCCGUCGAAGCCCUGGAGGAGCUGGUCAACAGUGGCAUGCUGGAAGCCAUCAACCCGCCCAAGAAAAGCUCAUCUGCAGCAUCGUCUCAGUCCCCCGUCCCCUCCACGUCCCUCUCCUCAAGCCCUUCAUGGUAUCCUGUUAACAAGGCCCCAAAGGCUAAGAAAGGCUUUCGGCUCGCAGUGGACCCCCUUCUGAGGAAGCCCAAGCCUGAGCCUGUAGAGAUCGACCUGUCUGUUCAACCCAGUGAAUCCGGCACCAGCAGCAACUCUCCCACACAGAUUUACUCUGCUGCGUCAAAGUCUCUCAAUGCAGAUGAUCAGUCCCCGCCAACAGUCCUUUGUGAUUACUGCGGCCAGCUGUUUGACACCCGCAAAGCCCUGUCGUGCCACGCCCGCGCCCACCUGCGCCAGCUCGGCCUCGCCUGGUCGAUCAGAACAUCCCCGAUCGAUCUCCUCAAAGAGGUCAUGAUGCGUGGUGAGGAGGGCAAGAAAGUGUCCGGGGCCACGGGGUCAUCAGGCAAAGCUGCAUCAUGGACCUCUCAAAGCUCCAGGAGGUCUCUGGACAGCCUGCAGGCUGGAGAACAGGCCACCUCCUCACCUCUUGACUUCUCCAUGAAAGAGAAGUCCCCGCCUGCCAGGAGCGGGGCCCCACACCCUGACGCGUCCUGCGAGCUUUGUGGGUUUGAGUUUGAGAACCGGAAGGCCCUAGCAAGUCACGCGCGGGCCCACCUCCGACAGCUGGGGAUCAUCGAGUGGAAGGCAGACGGAGCGAGUUCACCCAUCGAGCUGCUCAGUGAGUUGAUCCGGAAGGACCCAGCUAAAGUAGCAGCAGUGACCAGACGCUAUCGUAUGGGAGACCUUUACAUCAAGAAGUCCCAGAGAGCUGCUGCCUCGCCCUCUCUGUCCACAGACUCUGACUCGUACCCCGGCAUCAGUCUGAGGACGUCAGCGGGUUCAUCCAGACACUCACACAGCCACACCAGGGCUGCUGCAGCCCACGGAGACCCUGGUCUACGCUCUCCAAGAGGGGUCCAUCCACCAAAACGUUUUGGGUCUGCAGGGGCAGAAAAUCGGGACACCAAUCCCCAGCAGCCAUCACGGACAGGCAGCAUUCCCGCUAUGCUGCCAAAGCCGCCGCUGACCCCGCUGGUCAAACUGGUCGGCAAAGUCUACUCCCUCAAGUGCAGGUUCUGUGAAGAGGUGUUUCAGGGACCUCUGUCUGUUCAGGAGCGCUGGAUCACACACCUGCAGAAACACAUCCUGUCGCUGGGCUACAAAGGCAAAGCGUCUCCUCCUGCUGCACCGGUGGCAGCUCCAGCACUCGUCCAUCCAGUCGCCGUCUAGUCCACCAAGUCCCUCUUUAUCCCGGUACAAAAGGUCCUCGUUUUCAAAUGACACGGCGGAUUUGAGGAGAAGUCUUUAUGUCUAUUGUGAGGCAACACAUUGUCAGAAGUGCAAGUUAGAUCAUGUUCCUGUUUUGUCCUGCAGAGGGCAGACAUGAGCCAUGUGAGGAAAGCAGCAGUGAUCCACUCAGGUAAAAUCCACUAGUUACAGUAGAUCACAGUACUGAUCACUGAAGGUUUAAACCUUUCAUUUACAUGUUGAGUGCUUUCCUCCUGCUCAUUAUUCCUACCAGGUGUGUAGAUGUUGUAGAUGUGUUUGAAUGUGAUUCAGUAUUUUGCAUUUACAAACUUCAUGUUCCACACUGAGAAAACGAUCCUGGUCAGUCUUUUUCUUUUUCCGUUUUUGUGCUACUGAGUAGACUGGCGUGUUUCACUGUGAUAUACUUUAUCUCCUUUAUAUGAUUUUGAACUGAGUUUUGUUUUAUAAUAAUGUAUUUUUUAAAACGUUUUACUAUAAACCUGGAGGGAUCCUCUUUUUUUCUCAAAUGAAAAUGUUUUGGAGUAACAAGAUGCUGAUAAAAGAAAGUUAUUAUCAGUGAUGAUCAGUGUUCCUUAAAAGAUCCUCAAAGCCUCAACUGUCCUGACCAUAGAGAUACUGUGUUUCCAUUCUUACUGUUUUCUUCAGGUAAACCAGCAAAUAACGUGCUGUUUUUCUGGUCUUUUUAAAUUUGUUUUUGUUUUUUAACACAUGUUAUGUUAAUUAAAUUUGGUCUUGUAUAUAACCAUACGAAUAAAA